AUGUCAAUAGAAUCUGCAAGAACUGUAACUUUAGGAACAUUUGAAAAUAAUAAUAUGGUAACACCUAUAUCGACAAUAAACAAUAAUGAGCAAAUGAGUUCGGAAUUAUUAGACAACCAAAUAAGUAUUGGUAAAUUUCCUCGCUCAUUAUAUGUUGGCAAUAUCACACUGUACUUAUCUUCUAUACUUUCGGUUGUUAACGAAGGAAAUCAAAGGAUAACAAGUCAAUUGGAAACAUUACAAUCUCACAUUUUUGAGAUACAAGAACAAUCAGCCAAUGAAAUUAACGAGAAAGAUAAUUAUAUUAAAAAAUUACAAAACGAUUUGGAUCGUUCAGAGAGUGAAAGAGAAGAAUUGGAGGUUGUUGCAAUGGAAUUAAAAAGUGCCAAAGAGGUUUCACUUAACCGCAUAAAACAUUUUGAAAUGGAAACAGAAUUAUUAAGAAACGAAAAAGAAACUUUGAAAAUUGAAAAAAAUAAUGAAUCUGAAAGUUUGGCAAAUUUACAAGCCGUUUUAGAAGAAUUUGAAGCUGCUAAACAAUCUGAAAUAAAAGAAGCAGUUGAAGGAAUGCAGCGAAGGCUUUCUACAACUAGUAAAGAAUUAGCAGAAUAUAAAGAUAGAGCAUUGUUGGCAGAAAAUCAAUUAAGGCAAAUAAAACAAGAAUUAAUGGCCAAUAUGUUACAAUGGAGCGAAGAGCAAAAAGAAAAGGUUGGCCUAAUAAGAAAAGCAUCAAUAAAUAGACCUAUAGAGGACCGAUCUAGUGGCUGGGUAUCAGGUCUAUGGACUCCAACCUUGGAGAGACCUCGUAGUAGGUUAUCAGAAGAUGUCCCUAGACCAACUAUUCGUAUAAGUGAAGAUGAGGAGGAUGGCCCAAAAGAGGUAUUAAUUUGA